GGACUUGGAGUCGGACGUCGGCGGUUGCGCAGCAUCCGUUGUGGGCGCGCGGCGUUGCUGGUGUCUCGUAGGAACAAGGCGGCCAUCGCCGGGCACAGCGCUCUGCCUCCGCACGGCCCGCACGACUCAGCGCACGGCGACGCAUCACACUUAAGAUGAGUGGCUGCCGUGUCUUCGUUGGACACUUAAGCUCACGUGCUCGGGAGCGGGACGUGGAGAAGUUCUUCAAAGGAUAUGGACGCAUACGAGAAAUCCAUCUAAAAAAUGGAUUUGGGUUUGUGGAGUUUGAAGACCACAGGGAUGCUGAUGAUGCCAUUUAUGAACUGAAUGGAAAAGAGUUGUGUGAUGAAAGGGUCACGAUUGAACAUGCUCGAGCCAGAAGAGGAAGGGGCAGAUUCGCACAGCGGUUCAGUUAUUACUCGCAGAGUGGAUCUAGCCGAUAUGGACCCCCUGUUCGUACUGAACACAGGAUCAUAGUUGAGAACCUUUCAUCCCGUAUUAGCUGGCAGGACUUGAAAGAUGUCAUGAGAAAAGCAGGGGAGGUCACCUAUGUGGAUGCACACAGAAACAACAGGAAUGAAGGGGUGGUGGAAUUUGCAUCUUACAGUGAUAUGAAGAGUGCACUGGAAAAACUGGAUGGCACUGAGCUGAAUGGACGCAGAAUUAAACUGAUUGAGGAUCACAGGAGGCAUAGAAGCAGAUCUCGAUCAAGGAGUUACUCAAGGUCUCGCAGCAAGUCCAAGUCUACAGGAUCUUCAAGAUCAUACAGCCGGUCCAGGUCCAGGUCCAGAUCAAGGUCCAGAUCCAGGUCCAGGUCCAGGUCUCGCUCUCGAUCCCGGUCCCGCUCCCGGUCUCGUUCUCGCAGCCGUACACCUAAGAAGAGCUACUCCCAGAAGAGUCACCGCUCCAGCUUGCCAGCUUCUUCCCCAUCUCCCUCUUCUUCUAAAAGAAAAUCUCGUUCUAGGUCGAGCUCUGCUCACAGCCGUAGUUAACCUGCUCUUAGAGAUGUAUUAAUGCAUUUAAUUUGAUUCAAGUUUCUUGAAGACUUGAGACAAAUUACACAUGAGAACUGGGAGGGGAAGAGUUAACGUGAUGGAAAGGUAACCUCCUUUUACAUUGCCAAAGUGCCUGUCAUCAAAUAGGCCGUCUCUGUGAGGAGGGGCUGUCAGCUUUCUCCUUUCAGUGAAGUCUGGAGUGGGAAGUCUUUUUUUGUUGUUUAUUUUUCCUGCUAUUAGUAAACGUUUCUAUUAUAGAUAUAUUACGUACACAUAAUGCUGAGGUAAUGGGAUGAGACAAUGCGCUGCUUUUGCCCUCUCCUGCCCCCAGAUUCCCCUCCACCUUCAAGGCCUUUGACUUCCAGAAUAGUAUGUUAUCUUUUGUCCUUGAUACGGAGUCCAAGAACAGGAAGUAUGCAUUUUAUUCCUUAAAGUUCUGUGGCUACUUUUCUGUGCGAGUAUGAAUGGACCAGCUGAAUUUAGUUUAGAGUUCACUUUUUUUCCCCCAUUGCUUGGCUUAAGAGGCUGUUUUAAGUUCCAGCUUUAAUUGACCUUGAUAAUACGCUUAAUUUGCAACAGACUUUCAGGAAUACACCUUGGCCAGUUGAGUAUUGUACGUUUGGCUAGUGAAUCAAUACAAUGCUAACCAGUAAUAAAAGCUGGAUUUUCCUGUUACAGUGAGUCAUACCAUCCAGGUGUCGGGAUUAUUGCGAAUCCAUUAUACUAAUUUUCCAGUAAUUCACUAGUAUGUGAUAUUGUAUGUAGAGGCCUUAUUUGACAGGUGACUCCAUAAAACUGCACAGAAAUGUCAAUAUGCAUGUCCAUGUUUUUAAUGUUGAUAAAAGUGGCAUAGUUUUCAUACCAAGAAGUAUGAUACUGAGUAUUGUGUGUAUGACUAGCAAUAGUCUCGAUGGAACAGAAAGUUAUUUUAGUAAAGAACGGCAGCAAAAAAUCCCAGUUAAAGCAUAGUCAGUUGUGACAGUAAAAGUUAAUCAUGUGAAAGGGUGAGGAGGAUAAUUCCUUUAAAUCUCCUGAAUGCACAGUUGUUUUGAUUAAUAGAAAUUUCCACUGUUUGUUCUUAUAAUUUGGAAUAAGAUUUUUUUAACUUCUGGAUUGUUAAAGAAGGGAAGCGUUUUUGGAAAAAAUACGUGUAAAUUAAACUCAAAAGUCUUACGUGUGUUGAAAUGUACCAAUCCUAGUAAAAUAAAACCUUUUUCUGGCUUACGUUA